AAGAAGUCUGGUCUAAUGAGGGUCAGCAGGGUAAGACUCCUGAGUGAGACAGGUAUCCUCUAUACAGUGUUCUUGUAUCUAGAAAAGCCAGUUUCCAGGAGGCUCCUGAUAGCAGAGCAAAGUAGAAAAUAUGAAGAGGGGAUUGAUCUGUCCUCCUAAGACUUCAAUUAGUUUGACAAAUCCUUGAGGUUGUACUUGGAUUAGACUUAAAUCAUAGAUUUUUAAGCAGCUGGGCAUUCACUGCCCGUGGCUUCCUACAGAGCCCACAGUAGUGAGAAUUAAGGCAGAGACUCUCAAGUCACUUUGUUAGGGUUCUGCAAGUGUUUCAUGGUGUCAUUCAAAAGAAUUCAGGACUCACACUGUGUCCAAAUCAAGUAAAUGCAUUUUUCACACUCAGUGGGCAGGUCAAUCUCCCUGAAGGAGUCAGUAGCCUAGUAGAGUGAGACAGGAUAUUUAUAGAGUACAUGGUGCUGACUAUAUCACAAGAGGUAGAAAUUUUGAGGUUAGAGGAGUUUGCUAACAUGGGGAGGUCCUAAAGCCUUGGUGAAAUUGCACAUGCAGUGAUCCAGAAUGCAUACAGAAAAACCACUACAGCCUUGGAGACUGACUUUGAGAGAGAACUGAGAACAUCAGUGUAUGAAAUGAAAGCUGCUUUCCUGAGGAGACUUGAUGAUCUAACUCCAGAAGACGUUGAACAAUUUGUGGAGAAUCUGACUCAUGCAGUCAAAAAAGGAAUAUAUCCCUUGGGAAAUUCAUCAGAGCUUGAUCAUAACAACUGGGAUUUUAGCAACUCUUUUUUCUUUGUUGGCUCCACUCUAUCCACAAUAGGUUAUGGGACCCUAUCUCCCAAGACAGCUGGUGGACAGAUUUUCUGUGUUAUCUUUGCUUUGUUUGGAAUUCCUUUAAAUCUCAUAUUCCUUCACCAAGUGGGUAAGACACUUUCCAUGUUAUGUGAAAAGCUUGGAAAAUGCCUUCAGAGUCAAGGAAUGAAAGAGAAAAAAAUCAAAUUUCUGACACUUCUGUUUUUCCUGAUGACGGGAAUCCUCAUAUUUCUUGGAUUACCACCAAUUGUCUUCCACUCAACAGAGGGUUGGACCUAUAGUGAAGGAAUUUAUUUUGCAUUCAUCACUCUAAGUACUGUUGGUUUUGGUGAUUAUGUAGUAGGUGCACAGCCUGGGAAAUACUACUGUUCCUAUUACAGAGCUUUGGUGGCCAUCUGGAUUCUCUUUGGACUUGCCUGGAUUGCACUUCUGUUUAAUUUGUUGAUCAGAUUUUUGGAAGACACAGAAAAAAAGAUAGCUGAGGACCUCCAAAAAAUGGGAAAAGCAGGAAGAGAAAAUGGGAGAAGCCUGAAAAAAUGCCAGUGUGCCAAUCCUUCUCCUAAUGAGACUUUACCACUUUCCAGUAAAGAAGGUCCUCAGAAAUUUUUUUUUGAAACAGAAGAAAAAGACAAUAGAGAAGAGAAAGAAACCAGCUUUCUUUGUGAAACAGUCUUAUGAUAUUCCUUGAACUGAAAUUAUAUUGUGGUGUUUGGAGAGCUAUGUUUUGUAGAAGGUCACACUGAGAAAAUGAUGAUAAUCAUAAAGAAUUGUGUCAUUUUAUUAAGCCUUUUCCCCACAAGCUUCUAUAGUCACAAUGACAAAUGUGAUAAUACUUGUGAUUGACAGGAUCCAAUUCUGCAUCAUGGCCUUAGAUAUCUUCUUUUUCCACUUAUAUUUUUAGUAUUUAUAUAAAAGAGGAAAACUCACACAUAUAUAUGUAUAUACAUACAUAUAGAAAGAUAGAUAGAUAUAGAUAUAGAUACAGAUACAUAGUUGGGAUUUUUGAGUUGGUUAAAUAUCAUUGAAAUAAGGGCUGUUUUGAAUGACAAAUAUUUAAUUGGUGAAGUCAUAGUAGUCUCAUUUUGUUUUGCCAUUGUGACACAGAAUCAUAGAAACAGACUCAAGAAAUCACCCUCAUUUUUCAGAUAGGAAAACAGAACCAGAAUAGAUAGAUGAUAUAGCAAAAACAAAACUGAAAAGAGGCAAAGUUAGGUCUUCAUUCAGUUCAACUCAACAAGUAUUUAUUGGUUUUUUUAAGCUUUUUAUUUUCAAAAUAUAGA